AUGAUCGAUUCAACUCCUAUACCUAAGUUCUUUUAGUAAGAAUUUGAAUGUUCCUUGUGCUUGACUUUCUUAACUAAUCCAAUAACUAUACCUUGUGGACAUACAUUUUGUAAAGAAUGUAUCACUAAUGCAGUUAAAUAGAUUCCACGUUGUCCAACAUGCAGGUUUAAAAAUUUAUUUAAUUUUAGAGGUACCAUCACUAUAGAGAUUAAGAAUUUGAAAGAAAAUUUACUUAUUAAGUCUACAGUUAAUGAGUUGAAAAGGCAUUUGAAUAUCACUUCUAAUCCUGAAAAAUAAUAAUUUCAAGAUAAAUAGGGAAUUAAUAACUAACCUGAAAAAUUAAUUAUUCUUUAUACAACAGAAGUUAUUACACCAUAUUAAUAUUAAAGAAUUAUUUUAGAGAAGGAGUAAUUAAAGAGUUUUCUAAAAAAUCAAGAAUUAAUGAAAUAGAUAUUUGCUAAUAUUAAAAAAUUUGUUAUUGCUUUAAAAUCUAAAAACAAUUAAGAUGUAAGGUAUUCAUUUAUAAAUAGAUUGGAUAUUUGGCGUAAUUGCAAUUGGUUUAAAUUAUCAAAGGUUAGAUAACUGCUUAAAUAUUGACAGAAGAUAUUGUCGAAUUAUCUAAUAAAGAGCCAACAGAAUUUUAAUUAAAUAAUGAAGAGUAAACUAAGUAUAUUCUGCCUAUUGCUACUGCCAAAAUUCUUGAAGAAGACUAUAUAGAUUUAAAAGACAACGAUACUUUUUAUCAAAUCUCAACAUUAAUUUAAUAAAUUAAAGAUGUUUUAAACCCAUUCAUAUUAUAAAUAAGUGAUACAUAAAGCGAAUUAUCCAAAUAUUUACAUCAAAGUGGAUUAUUUAUGUAUUUAAGUCUAGAGGUUGAAAAAGAUUGGAAAUCAUUAAAAAGGUUAUCCUUUUUACUACCUAGUCUAUUGAAUAUUGAUAGAACUUAAAAAAAUAAUAUUCUAUCUCAAAAUAAUUGUAUUUAAAGAUUAAUUUUGAUUAACAAAAGUAUUCAAAAAUUUAAAAAGACUUCCAACCCUAUGAUUGUUUUUACAAUGAAUAGAAGAUCAUUAUAAAAAAGCCUAUUUUUUUAAUUUUGGUUAAUAAUAAUUCCAUUAUUGUUUGCAUACUUAUUAAUAAAGUUUUGA